CUGGCAUGACAAAAAGAUCAUUAUCAGUAAAUUUGCAGGGCAAACACAGCACAUUAUUUGCUUCACGGAUGCCAUCAUAAACAUCCAAUGGAUGGCCUUCGCCUUGUAUUUCCCCCAGCUGCGGCUGCUAUUCUUUGCAUUCCAUUAUGGAACCUGACCAAACUCGUAGCGAAGCCCGCCGCAGCCCCUGCCUUAUUUGGUGGGGGUUUGCUCGGUUAUGUGAUGUAUGAUUGCACUCACUAUUACCUGCACCAUGGAAGGCCUUUCAGAAACCCAGCUAAACAUUUGAAGAUUUAUCAUAUGAAUCACCACUUUAGAACUCAAACAAUGGGAUUUGGAAUUACUUCUUCGCUGUGGGAUGGAUUGUUCAGGACAUUACCUCCUGCACUGAAGGCCUGUGAGAAGAGCAGCUGAAUAUUUUAGAUUGAGAUUUCGGCUGAAAGUGUUCCUAUAUUCCGGUAUGCCUCGCUUCUGUGAAAUUUUCACAUAUUUAAUCUUGAAAGAAAGUAGUUUUUGUUCAGUGAUAAAUAUACUUCAGAAAAUAUUCUUUUUGACCUGUAUUUUUGAUGUUUUCAUCA